UUUUACGACGAGGGCUGUCCCAACUGCCCGUGGCUGCAAAUCGACGGAGACCGCAGUAGGGUUUUGAGCUGCACCUCUCCGAACUUUUCAGGGUUUGUGGCAGUCAUCAAACCCCAGGGUUCUUGGGUGGCUCGCCACAACAAGCUCACUGAAGGCGUGCCUGGCUGCUACGCAAUAAAAGUUUUGGGCGAUUUGCCGGACAGCAUUAAAGACGAUGCUCACCGCUUUGCCUUCACUGAGUAA